UUAGUGCUUUAUCUUUACAGAUUGUUAUUUGUGUUAAAAGAAAAUAUUAAUUUAUUUCAGGCAAUUGUAGGAAAAAGUGUUUGGUGGUACCAAAUCAUCUGAAAUUUUAUAUAGACCCAAGCAACUAGCCUAGUUUUAAACUAAUUAAAAAGGUCACAAAUAAUGGCCUCUAAAGCAAAGAAGCCCAGAAAGGCCAACGGCUACAAAAUGCCUCCUCCAAUACCUACAGGUUUCUCUGUUAAGAAUAGCAGGGAGAAAAACAAAUCCUGGAAACUGGGUACUUCAAUAGGAAAGGGCGGUUUUGGAGAAAUAUACUGUUGCUCUGCUGUGGAAGAAGGAUCAACCUCAAUAUCCAAAGUCAACCAAACAUACGUCAUGAAAAUAGAACCUCAAGAAAACGGACCUCUUUUUGUGGAAAUGCACUUCUACAUGAAAGCUGCCAAAAAAGAAGACAUCGAAGGCUGGAUGAAAUCCAAAGGUCUUAAGAGACUAGGCAUGCCGUGCUAUGUGGACUCUGGGACGUUUGAGUACAACAAGGAACGCUUCCGGUACAUCGUCAUGGACAGAUAUGGACAAGACUUAUGGUCUAUAUUCCUGGAAAACAAGAAGCUCUUCCCUUGCUCAACAGUUUUACAGAUAGGAUUACAAGUUAUAGACGUGUUGGAGUACAUGCAUGACAAGGGCUACGCCCACUGUGAUGUGAAGGGAGCCAACCUACUACUCGACACCCAGGACCAGGUGUAUCUGGUAGACUUUGGUCUGGCGUCUCGUCUCUCUACGGACUUCAAACCUGACCCCAAGCGAGCCCACGACGGCACCAUAGAGUACACUAGUAGAGAUGCUCACACUGGAGUGAGGACCCGCAGAGGAGACUUAGAGGUGCUUGGAUACAAUUUGCUUCACUGGACAACCUCCGCUUUACCUUGGGAAAACAUCACAGACCCUAAAGUUGUUGAAGAGAAAAAAAAGUCCAUAUUGAGUUCUGGAGCUUCGUCAGUGAAGAAAACUCUACCUUCGACACCUCUAGUCAUUGUCAACUUCUUGGACUACGUAAGCAAACUGAAGCCGGAACAGAUCCCUGAUUACAAUCACUGUCGAAAGCUGUUCAAAGACGAGUUGAAAAAACUGGGAGCUUCAGUCAGUGGCAAGUUUGUCUUCAGUACAGCGGAAAAGAAAACUCCAAAGAAAGCAGCGGCAAAGCCCACAAAAGUGACAAGGAGAGGACGGAAAGAGAAUGUAGAAGUCAACGGCAAUUCUGCAUCACAAGACGAGGAAGAAGACGAAGAAUUGGUGGAAGGUACGCCAGAAGAACCGAAGAAACGCUCGAGAGCAGUCAAGGCUAAAACCGCACCAAAGGCGAGUUGGAAGGAUUCUGCCACAGCCAAGGCUAGUAAUGUUGUUAAAGCAGGGGAGUAUGUCAGUAUUAAUCCCAAGCCUACGCGAAAGAGGAGGAAUGAAUAAAUUUCUACAUUGUAUCAAUGUGGAUUUUGUUUCCGGUAUGAACGCAUUUUAUGUAUCUUUCUUCUUUCUAUGUUCUCAGUUACUAUUUAUAAAUAAUAUAUUAAUAUUUUUUACCCUUUUAUUGAACUUGUAUGUUAAUAUGUUUGCCAAAUUGCGUAAAAAUUA